UGUUAAGGACGUCCUUUAUGCAAUGUUUUGCUCUGACUCAUGUUGACUGGUGUUGACAUUGUGUUUUUAUGUAUUAUACUUAUAUUUUCCCUUUGACUCUGUUCUCUUUCACCCCAUUUGAUAUCUGAGAAGAAACUGCUGCUAUUAAACAGAGUCAACAGAAACGUAACUGGGAUGAAUCCUAUUUCUUGGGAGGAAUUUUUUUCCUCAAACUUAGCCCCUAAAGAUUUGGAUUGUAAAAAGAAGGCGAUUGAGCUCUUUUGCAAGAAAUUUUCAUCUUCCAAGACGAAUGUCGUUCUUGUUACAUCAGGAGGAACAACAGUCCCACUAGAGCACAACACAGUUCGUUUUGUUGACAACUUCAGUGCUGGAACAAGAGGAUCUGCUUCUGCAGAAUAUUUUUUAAAGGCUGGAUAUGCUGUCAUAUUUAUGCACAGGCACAAAUCUUUGGAGCCUUUUACAAGACAUUUUACUGGAGAUGAGAUACUGGACUGUCUUUUAGUAGCUGAAGAGGAUACCAUUGAAGUCGCUUCCACGAAAGUGCCAAAACUCUUGCCAGUUUUGAAAGAGAGAAGAGAAGCAUUGGAUUCUGGACGCUUGCUUAUGGUUCCCUUCACGCACUUGACUGAAUAUCUAUGGUUGCUUAGAGUUUCAUCAGAGGCCAUGGGAGCCCUUGGAAGCAGGGCAAUGCUCUACUUGGCAGCAGCUGUGUCUGACUUUUACAUUCCAACGGACCAAAUGCCAGAACACAAAAUGCAGUCAUCUGGAAGUCCACCUGCUAUCUCCCUUCAUUUGGUGCCUAAGAUUUUGCGUCCGUUGGUUGCUGAGUGGGUGCCAAACGCAUUUGUUGUUUCGUUCAAGUUGGAAACUGACCCAAAUCUUCUGGUGAAAAAAUCUCAAGAGGCCCUCAAGAAUUACAAACACAAGCUGGUAAUUGCAAAUGAGCUUCAUAGCAGGAAAAGUAAAGUGAUAUUAGUGACAUCUGAGAAUCACAGAGAAAUAGUGAUGACCAGAGAAGAGUUGGAUGCAGGCCUUGAAAUUGAGCAGCAUAUUAUAUCUGAAUUGCUCUCGCUUCAUUCAUUGUUUAUUAGCUCCAACUAAUUGAGCCAGUUUAAUGUUUCUGUUGCAUUUUGAUUCUGUGUUGAUUAAUAUUUCGUUCAAUCUUAUUUAAAAUAAAAAUAU